AUCAUAAGCUUGUAUUAAUCAGAAUACCAGCAACAAUGCCAAAAACACAUUCAGCUGAGAAAGCUCCUCGGAAGCAGGGCUUCAAUCGUUCUGGGCAUAGUAUGAAUCCUGAAAGAUCUGCAGAAGGUCUUAAAGGAGUUGCAAGAGCAAGGACAAAAGGAACAAUUAAACGCUUACAGAUGUACCGCAAUUCAAAGGCAAAACGAAAUAGAGUUGGAAAAAUAAUAAGUCCAGCUCCUUUCCAAGGAUGGCAUGCUUCUGGGACUGUCUCAAGAGUUGAACCCUCUCCUAGAUGGUUUGGUAAUUCUAGAGUAAUUUCACAAAAUGCCCUUCAAAAGUUUCAGAAAGAAUUAGGAGCAGUUAAGAAAGAUCCUUACCAAGUUAUAAUGAAACCAACAACAUUACCUGUGACAUUACUACAAGAAAAAGCAAAACAUGCAAAGGUACAUAUUUUAGAUAUGGAAAGGUUUGAAGCUGUGUUUGGUCCAAAAAAGCAAAGAAAAAGACCUAAUUUAUCAAUAUCUUCGUAUGAUGAAUUUAAGCAACAAGCUGAAGAAAAGGAAGUGGAAUAUGAUAAAGAAAAAGAUAAAAAGGACUUUGAUUUAAUUAGACCAGAUGAUGGAGUUCGAAAUGCUCAAAGAGACUGGGUAAUGGCAGCAGGACAAAGUAAAAGGAUAUGGAAUGAAUUGUAUAAAGUUGUAGAUUCAUCAGAUGUGGUUUUACAAGUUUUGGAUGCUAGAGAUCCAAUGGGAACUCGUUCACCUCCUGUAGAAAAGUAUUUAAGAAAUGAAAAAGCACACAAACAUUUGAUAUUUGUAUUGAACAAAGUAGAUCUUGUUCCUACUUGGGUUACUCAACGAUGGGUAGCAAUCCUCAGUGCAGAAUAUCCAACAGUAGCUUUCCAUGCUUCGUUGACACACCCUUUUGGAAAAGGCUCUUUGAUUAAUCUUUUACGUCAGUUUGCAAAGUUACAUGUAGAUAAAAAGCAAAUUAGUGUUGGUCUCAUUGGAUACCCUAACACAGGAAAAAGUUCUAUAAUUAAUACUCUUCGAUCCAAAAAAGUCUGUAAAGUAGCACCAAUAGCUGGAGAGACCAAAGUAUGGCAGUAUGUAACUCUUAUGAGACGUAUUUACUUGAUAGAUUGUCCUGGAAUAGUUUAUCCAUCAGCUGAAAGUGACACUGAAAAAGUUUUGAAGGGUGUAGUGAGAGUUGAACUCAUUCAGAAUCCUGAAGAUUACAUUUUAUCUGUUCUUGAAAGAGUCAAACCAGAAUAUAUAAUAAAAACUUACAAAGUUUUAGAAUGGAAGGAUCAUAUUGAUUUCUUAGAAAAGUUUGCUCGUAGAAGUGGAAAAUUACUGAAAAAAGGAGAACCUGACAUUUGUCAAGCUGCUCGUAUGAUUUUAAAUGACUGGCAACGUGGGAAAUUACCAUUUUAUGUUGUACCAGUAGGUUUUGAAGAACCACUUGCAAAAGUAACUACACCUGCAGCUUCUAAUAAUCUAGAUGCUUCGACUUCAAAUGAAUUGAACGAAUCCAAUGGUGAUUCAACUGCUAAAAAAGAUCAAGAAAAAGCGUCAAUAGGCGUGGUUCAAGAUUUCAGAAAAAUCAGAGUUGGUCUACCGUAUUCAGAUGAAGAUAUGAAAAGUGACUUAAUUGCUUCAGAACCAAUUGUAAGUGAAUGUUAUAUUAGUAAAAGCGCGAGUUGUACAUCCAUUGCUAUAAAUUCUGAUGAAGAGUCUGAAAAUGAAGAUGAAAAAGUACAAGAAAACAGUGAAAGCAAUGUGGUCACUGAAAAUGAUGGAACAAUGAAUGGCAACGAUUCUUCUAUUAUAGAGUCACAGAAUGAUGAUGAAGAUUUAGAUAGUAAAUUAAUUCCAAUUGAAAAAGACACUUUGUUCAAAAGUGCUUAUGAUGAAGAUGAUGAUGAACCAAUAGAUUCAAGUGAUAGUGAAAUCGAAAGUACAAAGAUAAACACAAAUUCAGCUAGUGGAAUUUUCCAAGUAUCAAGUAUAAAUAAAUCUCAAAAAAGUACAGUCAAGAUGACAAGUAAACAGCGAAGAGCAAUAGAACGGGCAAACAAGAGGAAGAAAAUCGGUAGCGACUUCUAUGAAGUUACUAAUGUUAAAAAUAGAAAUAGGGAUCGCAAAGUGCCUAAAAUUAAGAGAAAAUAAGGUUUUAGUUUUAUUUUUAUAUAUAUCAUAUUAAAAUAAACUUAUUAU